AGAAAUGCUUUUACAAAUUCAAUUGCGCUUCAGAGUUCGUCCAAAGCGGUUGUGGGGCUCUCGCGAUUUCGGUUAAAACCACUAGCAGCAGCAGUGAAAACGUCAACGAGAACCGUUAAUACAAGCAUUCGGCCAAGUGCGCGAUCCGCAACAAGACACGGCCCCGCCAGAAAGUCAAAGAAAUCAGAAAAAGAAAAAACCAGAACGAAAGCCAAGUGCAUAGAAAGUUUUUGUGGUUCUAAGUGGAACAAACAAAGUGAUUAAUUUGUGGAUUAAUUUCGAUUUUUGGAAUGCAAAUAUCAGUGGAACUAUCAUUAAGCAUCUGCCACCGGAACAAUACAAAAGAAAAGAAUAACUGAAAAGUGAGAUAAAAAUAUUUUCGAAACAUUAUGUCGAUUGUGUGCACGCUGGAGCAAAAAGUGAACUUUUUCAAAGCGGCUGCAACAACCAAGAAUCUGCUGAUUCUGAAGAACAGCAACAAUUUGGAUACCCCCUACAAGCAGAAUAAUACCACGAACAGCCACAAGGAUUCCCAGCAAUUUGCACGCACACAGCAACUCAAUUCGCAACAGCAACAGCAUCUGCACCAGAAACUAGUGCAGUUGCAACACUAUAGCCAGCACAAGCUGAGUGGCAGCAGCGGGGACUACCCGUACGCCCCACACCACCACCAUCCCCUAGCUCUAGCAGCGGGCGGAGCACACCUGACGCCCCUGAGGGAUCCAGGAAAGCAGCUCUACAAGGACGCUGCAAUGCCCGAAGUGCUCAGCGGCACCCCCACCAAUAGCCACAACAAAGCCAUCUCCAGCUCGAUCUCCAUGAUGAACAACGUCCGCAUGACGAACAUCUCCCCGACGCUGUCGAUGAACGGCAGCUCCAACGAGGCCACAAAUUUGCAUCCCCUGUCCAUGUACGGAGGAUCCAUCAGUCCACAGUCCAAUGACAGCGGCAUGUCCGACAGUCUAGGCAAAUUUUCCCAAGGCAACGGCUACGGCGACAACAUGAUGGGCAAGAACUCACCGAACGGCAACGGGCCGCAGUCGGCCAUGACGGCCGCCCAGAAAGAGCUCUUCUCGCAGCGCAAGCAGCGGGAAUUCACGCCGGACAACAAAAAAGACGAGAGCUACUGGGACCGCAGGCGGCGCAACAACGAGGCGGCCAAACGGAGCCGGGAGAAGCGUCGCUACAAUGACAUGGUGCUCGAGCAGCGCGUCAUCGAGCUGACCAAGGAGAACCACGUGCUGAAGGCCCAGCUGGAUGCCAUACGCGACAAAUUCAACAUCUCUGGCGAGAAUCUGGUGAGCGUGGAGAAGAUCCUCGCCUCGCUGCCCACCAGCGAGCAGGUCCUGAGCAACACAAAGCGCGCCAAGAUGAGCGGCGGCGGCUCCUCGUCCUCUUCGUCGCCAAACGAUGACGGUGGCUCCUCGCCCAGCGGACACUCCCACAGUGGCUACAACGGACAAAAUGCUCCACUGACACCUCUCAUAUACGGCCCCAAUGGCAAUGGCCGUCAGUCCUCUGUAGAGCCGCCUGUCAAGAGCGUCCAUCAUGUUCAGCAUGCGCCUCCACCACCGCCGCCAUCACACCUGCAGACGCUGGUCGUGCCCCAACCCCAACACCAGCCCCAGCAUCUCUACCAGCCACAGCAGCCGCAGCAGCAGCAGCAGCAGCAACAGCAACAACAGCAGGAGCCCACACCCAGUGCCGACUGCAGCUCACCGCCCAUCGACUCGCUCAACCGCCCGCCCACCAACACAAUCGCCAGCCUGCAAGUGCAGCUCCAGCAGGCGCUCAAUCGCAAUGUGCGGCCCGAGGAUCUGGACAGUCUCCGCAAGGCGGUGGCUGUCGGAGCCCUCUAUAAUGCCGCUGCCGUGGGAGCACAGGGUCCUCCCCCACCCGGUGCUUCGCUGUAUGUGCCCGCACCGGGUCCGUAUGUGGCCGCCAUUAACAAGGAGCACCUGGAAGCCGCCGCGUGGAGCCACAGCGUGGAGGGAGCCGUCAGCAGCAGCGCCGUAGAUGCGGUCAGCAGCUCCUCUGUUGCCGUUUCAGCCGCAGCCAGCGUGCUGAACCUGUCGCGACGAGCCUGCUCUCCCAGCUACGAGCACAUGCUCUCCUCCACCACAUCCUCAACAUCUUCCCCCGCCUCUUCAGCCCUCUCGUCCGGCUCUUCGGGUGCCGGCUCCGGCGACGACGAUCAGGAGCUCGAGCCGCACGUCCAUGGCACCCAUCUGGCACCCCUGCAGCUGCAGCGCAACAGUCCGCCCCAUGGCGUUGGCAACAGCGAUGCCAACAACUGUCUGCCCCUCAAGCUGCGCCACAAAUCUCACUUGGGCGACAAGGAUGCGGCGGCCACAGCUCUGCUCUCCCUGCAGCACAUCAAGCAAGAGCCCAACUGCAGCCGAGCCUCGCCGCCAGCCUGGAACGAUGCUGGCGACAACUCCAGCGACGAACGCGACUCUGGAAUCUCCAUCGCCAGUGCGGAGUGGACGGCGCAAUUCCAGCGCAAGCUGCUGGUCCCCAAGGAGGGGGCCGCCGGCGCUGUCGUAUCGACGGCCGAACGCGAUCAAAUGCUGAAGACGCAGCUGGAGCGCCUCGAGUCUGAGGUGGCCAGCAUCAAGAGCAUGAUGACACUCGCAGAGUAGGCACGGGAGCAAGAGCAGUAUCAGGAUCAGGAGAAAAGAAAGCAAGGCAGAGGAGAGAGAGCGAAGAGACAGAGACUCUGGUUGAAUCAGAGUCGAGGUUAAGUUUUGCGGAGCGCUUAGAGUAGAGCGGAUACGAAGCGAGAGGAGAGGAGAGAGUUCCAUGGCGCCAGUUGUUCUCCUGACACACACAUACCGAAUCACACACAAUUUUUGAGUACGAUUAUAUAUAGAGUACCUCCAGAGCUACAUAUAAGGAAUGGAAUGUUUAACCUGAGUCCAGGGAGUGUCCAGAGUGUUGACUAUUAGAAGAGUUUAUAUCUAUCGAAAGAUGUAUUUUUAUCUCCAUUCUAUCUCUAUCUCUGUUUGUAUCUGUAACUUUAAAUGUAUCUGUGUUUGUUCUGUAAUCGUGUACUCAAAGCGUAUCUAUUUAUAUGUAUCUGUGCGUUAAAACUAUAUAGAUCUCGUCUAAGUCGGAGCUAAACGAUGAAUCCCUAAGAUCAACAAGAAUUUCUUUCUUUCAACGUAUACGCUAUAUAGGAGAUUGGUGACCAACGCGAGUCGGGGUCACCAAAACACGUUUAUGUGUCCCAAAAAGUUUCCUUAUGCACAGAUUGAAGAUUGAAGAUAUAUAUUUUGUAGGCAAACAAACGUUGCUAAGUAUUUUGCUAUUGUACAUAUUACACAAUUAUGCUAUAUGCUGUAUUCCUACGAUAUCGUGUACAUAAUUUUAGUUGCAAGCUAAGCUUAUUUUAUUUUAUUUUAUACUAUAUUAUAUUUAAUUGCGUAGUGAAGCAAAAAACAUAUACAUUAACCUUUAAGAGAGAAACGCGUGAAGCACAUUCAAAACUUGAGAGAUGCAAGAAAUCUGAAAAGAAUUCGUAAUAUAUUCGACUAUAUUCAGCAAUAAAUAAUUUUAAAAAUGUCUCCCUACCCAAAA